CCCAUUAUAUUUUCAUAAAUUCACCAAUGUUCAGUCAUGCCGAUCUCUAAAUAUUUUUACUCAUUGAUAGUAAAUAUGUCCAAAUAAAAUAUUUUAACCUUUAGUUUGAAAACAAAUGUGUGGGAUUUUAAACUCUUGGGUUAGUAGCUACGCCAAUUAAGAAUCUUUAAUUAAAAUUUGAUGAAAUGAAGGUGAAGAAGCUAAGAAAGUCUACUGAUGGUGGAGUAAUGAAUUCGAAAAUAGUGAUAGUAAGUAGUGACAUUGUUGAGCAGAAGGGAUAGAUUAUUGAUGCUGGACAGAGAGGCUUUAAUGAUGAAUUUGAAACUACAAUUGUUGUCAGAGAUGAUGAUACAUGUGGUGAAGCAAUAGCAAAGAAGUCUUAAAGAACAAUAACAACAAUUUCUUACAACACGAAGUAGAUCGAAGUGUAGUUUGAUAAAUUCUUUUAAUAGUUAGUUCAUUUUCAUGUGUUCUAUGUUAUAUUUUCAGUAAGAACUUCAGUUGAUAAACCGGUUAGCAUAUCAUAAAACUCUAUCAUGCAAGUCCUUUUUUAUUUUUUCAUUAAUUGAAUAGUUCAAAUCUUUUAACUUUUUAUAUCAAAAAAAUAUAUCUUACUUCGUACAAUUACAAUUGUGGCUUAAGUGUUUGAAAUAAUGCAUCCUGCCAACGGGUAUGGUACUUUUAUUGAUGAACGGUUAGCAUAUAAAAAAACGUUAUGAUGUAUGUUCCUUUUUUAUUUUUAUCAUUAAUUGAGUAGUUCGAAUUUUUAAAUUUUUUGUACCAAUAAAAAUAUAUCUUGCUUCGUACAAUAACAAUUAUUGCUAAUAUGUUUGAAAUAAUGCCUCUGGCCAACGGGCCGGGUUCGAAUCUAGUAAUUGUAUACUGAAGUGUCUCAUCGAUUAGUUGUUCAUUAUGUUGAUUGAGUAACAAGGUUGUCAACCCGUGGGUCGACCCACUUUGAUUGUGGCCCAGUGAGAAAAACGGGCCGCACGCAACCGCUGGGUCGACCGCUACAAGAUAACGGGUUGGAGGUCAAAUUAUAUCAUUUAUUUCUUUGGUUUGCAAAAUGCUCCUAUUUUUCCGAUUUUUCUUGUCGCCUAACUCAAUCUUUGGAAUACUAAGUUGAACAUUUGAAUAUUGAUGUUAUAUAAGUGUGUGAAUUUUCACUCUAUAAUGGAUCUAAGUACGGCAUGUUAUUUUGGUGGAAUAUUAUAUGUUAUAACUCAUAUGUUGGAUGAGAUUUGAUAUAAUUUAUCAGAAUAAGUACAAUAUAAUGACUCUUUCCAUAUUUCCGGGCUAAACCGGACUAAAACGGGUGAUCCAUUAACCCUUGACCCACUAACUCGACCGCGUCCGGGUCAGCCUGCGGGUUGACAACCUUGCCGAGUACACAAUCAACAAUAACAAACUAGUUUACAUAGAAAAUAAAAAUAAAAAUAAAAAAGCAAAAUUAGAAAAAUGGAAAGCAAAAUAUAUUAUUUACCUUAUCCCUUUUCUUGGUCUUUUUUCCCAGCUGCACAUUUCAUAGAUAUGUCUAGUUUUUUAUAAUGUUUUUUAUUUAUUUAUAUAUAAUGAUAGAUAUGUCUAGCUUUAGCUCACAUCUCCAAUACAAUCUCCUUAGCAUCGUCUUCGACGUCACCAUCUACAUCAUGUCACGAUAAUAGAAUCAUGAGUUUCUACAAGAUACAUGAUUGGGAUUAGAGAAUAAGAAUUGGAGAGAAUUGGAUAUUGAUAAAUAAAAUUAUGGAUUUGAAAGGAAAAACAGAAAUGGAAAUUAUGGAUUUAAAGAAGAAAUUGGCGAUAAUUUCUUUAUAUUUGAUGAAAUAGGCAAUAUAUAUAUAUAUAUAUAUAGAGAGAGAGGAAAUGACUCGAAACACCUUAUACUACUAGAAUACUAGUAAUCUUAAUAAUAAAAUAUAUUAUUAAUGAACCACUCUUAGCGGUACCCUACUCUGAGUUCCAACCUUGAAGCCAACAACAAAAGGAAAAAUGCUAUUAAUAAUAUAAUAACAAUAAUAGACACAUAGUUUUCUAUAAUUGCCUUCUCCUAAUACCAACUUUGCCUUAAGGUCGAUAAACUAUCGCUUAGUUGGUAUAAUGACGCCCAAUUUCUCUUUUCUGUUUUGAAGAGUAUGGGUUUCUCGCCUAUGUGGAUUUCAUGGAUUCGAGGGUGUAUAUUGACGCCCAAUUUAUCAGUUUUGGUCAAUGGUGAAGCUUCUGGGUUUUUUUCGAGUGAGAGAGGAUUAAGGCAAGGUGAUUCUCUCUCCCCAUUUCUUUUCAUACUUGUGAUGGAGGUUCUUUAUAGUAUCUUAAAAACUCGCAAUCCAAUGGACUUGUUGAAGAUUUCUUUAUGAAUGAGAAUUUAAGGGACGAGGAGGUUACACAAAUCCUCUAUGCAGAUGACACCUUGCUUUUUUGUGAUGCUUUAGAGGAGCAAGUUCGAUUCCUCCUUACUUCUUUGGCCUUCUUUGAUACUAUAUCUAGUAUAAAGGUGAAUUUGCAGAAGAGUUCCAUGAUGGUUAUAGGGGAUGUGGAAGAGCCACAACGACUUGCAUACAUUUUUGGUUGUUAAUUAGGUUCCAUGCCAGCUACAUAUCUUGGAUUACCAUUGGGAGCUAGGAUAUCUUCACUGAAUAUUUGGGAACCAAUGAUUGAAAAAGUGCAAAAGCGGUUAGCAUCUUGGAAGGCCAAGUUACUUUCAUUUGGUGGAUGGUUGGUUUUAUUAAAGAGGUCCUCUCCAAUCCACCUAUCUACUUCCUUUCUAUUUUCAAAGCCCCAGCCUUAGUGAUUGUCAAAUAGGGGAGGCUUGGGUGUUUUGGAUCUUAAGAUUGUUAAUCAUUCUUUGCUUUGAAAAUGGGCUCGGAGACUUGGGAUUGAGAGAGGGGCAUGGUGGAGGAAGUUGUUAGUUGUGAAGUGUUGACAAGGGGUUUCAGAGUGGAGACCUGCUUGGAACUUAGGGUCCUAUGGGUGUUCUGUAUGGAGGGCAAUAGUUAAUGAGAGCUCCUACUUUUGGGAUGUUGCCUAUGUCGAUCCUGGGGUGGGAUUUCUUUUUGGCAUGAUGUGUGGAUUCCUGUGAAACACCUUGUGAGAGAUUUCCUAAGGGUUGGGUUCGUGGUCCAGUCUUGGGAUGCUUUUGUUUCUGACGUUUUUUCCUAUUGUUGAUAAGCCUUACUGCGAGAUCCCCCUCAUGAUCUCUCUUAGAAGAGGAGCUACAGCGGAGCGUGUUCAGUUGAUGGAGUUAUUAUCUUUGUUGCCAUCAAAUUGGAUAUCCAUGGGACCGGCGCGAUUAGUUUGGCCAUUGGAGUCGUCCUCUGUCUUUUCAGUUAGUUCUUUCACAACUAAUCUCAUUAAUAGUGCAUUUGGAGUUGAUGUCUUAUACUCUUCCAAAUUGGUUUGGAUUUCUUCAAUUCUUCCAAGAUCUGUUGUUUCAUCUGAAUGGCAUUCCUCUUGAAGAUCUCAACCAUCGACAACCUGAGGAAGAGAGGAAUGAUUCUUACCAACUGGUGCUCUCUCUGCAAAUGUCAAGAGAAGUUCAUCGCACAUAUCUUGUUCUCAUUGUCAUUUUCGGUGGCAAUUUGGAUAAAAUUUACAAAGAUGUUUUUAGUUUCACGGUCCAUUUCCAUCUAAUAUCAGGUGUUUUCUCCCAACUUGGAGGGUCUUGUGGUGUGAUCCAAAACUUAAGGAUUUUGCCAAGGUCUUACCACAUGCACUGUUUUGGUCCAUCUAGAAUGAGCGGAACAAUAGAAUUUUUCGUGACUUGGAAGCUUCACACUCUGAGUUUUGCAAUAAGAUUGUUUAGAUGGUUGCAGGCCUUUGGACUUAUCUCUGAUGACUAUUUUCAGCAAUGGUUGAGGGUUGGGGUAGGUUGAGUAAAUAUCUGUAAUUUUUGUGUAAUUUUAUUUCCUUUCAAUUUUUUUGUGCUCCUUUCUUGACUAUUAUCGUAGGUGGGCAUUGACUUUGUUGGGUGGACAUGUUUUUUCCUUUUUCUAUUUUUAUAGCACGUUAUCAUCUACCUCUUUUCUUCUUCUUUUUUUUGGAUUUUUUUGGUUCCACGUUUUUGUGGCCAUGGUUCUCUUUUUUAUUUUCAUGUUUUCCUUCUUCGAUUUAGUAAUAAAGUUGAGUCUCAUCAUUCAUAAAAAAAUAUUACGGGAAUUGGGAUAAGUUAGGAAUUGGAAUUGAAAAUUGAUUAUACUAUAUAGUGGCAUGAUUCAAUUCUCUAGUAAACUCUAGGGGAACUUCACCUUAAAAACUUAUAACUCUCUUACCAAUUUCGCCUAGAAUUCAUUGUAUUUUCUGUGCAAUGGCUUCCUUUACUGCGAGUUCAUUUAUUUUCUGCUUGUUUAUGUUGCAUUUCGAUUGUUUUGUUGGUUUUAGAACAUUACAUACCGUCCAAAGUAGUGAAGACAGGAAACCCGAGGGAAUACACAACCCUAGAAAUUUUAUCUUCUAAGUAUUGCUUGAUUCGAGUGGAAUUUUUUUUUUUGUAUAAAUGAACAAUUUUGACAAUAGGAUAAAUAUUCUAAUAUGGCUCCAAUUUUGACACCAACUUUCAAUAGUGACAAAACUUGUCUCAAAUUUAAUAAUUAUGAACAACUUUGACCCAAUAUUUGAGUUGAUCGUUGACAUUAACGAACAACUUGUUUAACCGUUAGUGACUCAACAUUGCUUGCUUAAGUGGCUACCUGCCAUUUAUAAGCCACGCCGCCAAAAAACAUUUUUCCAAAUUUUAAUUUUCGAAAAUUUUAUUAUUUUUUCUCUAAAUUAUUUUAAAAUUUAAAAUCAAGGAGAAACCAGAAGGAUAUUUUAUAUUUGUUACUUAAAAUUAAUGUAAAGAUUUAAAGAAACAAAGGAAGAAAAGGAGAAUAUGUUCAUAAUAUUACCUUAAAAUGCAGCAAACAAAUUUACAUCCUUAUUUUUAAUUACAUUAAAUAUUUUGAUAAUGU